GUGCUCGCAGCUCCAGUUCAGUCAUCACGAUAGGCUGUAGUACGCGUUUCCGAUUAAUGAAUAGACGGCCAACAGGCAUCAUCUUCGUGCACGAGAUUUACCGAGAUAAAUAACGCCGUGGUGGCCGCCGUUCAUAACACGCCGCGAGUAUCAGCGGCGAGUUGUAGGGGUGGUCGCGUGGGUGCGUCGCGCCGUCGCGACGCGUCGCGCCGCGACGACAGUGACAGUUCCGGAGCACCUGAAGAGGGUGUGGGCUCGCGACGCGGACGAGAGCGAACCUUAGUGGGAGAGCUCAGAGUCGGACUUCUCGGACACUGAGGACUCAAAUGAGUUAGGGGCCAGUGCGGGCCCCGAGCUCUACGAGAUGGACACUAUAGAUAGUGUCAAUAAACGGCAAGCUACUCGUGUCUUCAAAAAGUCCAGUCUCAAUGGCAAGAUCACAGUCUAUCUCGGCAAAAGAGACUUCGUCGAUCACAUCACGCACGUUGAUCCUAUUGAUGGAGUUGUUUUGAUCGAUCCCGAUUACAUAAAGGAUCGGAAAGUGUUCGGCCACGUUCUUGCGGCAUUCAAGUACGGCAGGGAGGAUCUGGACGUUCUCGGACUAACUUUUCGUAAAGAUUUGUAUUUGGCGGCAGAGCAGAUUUAUCCCGUAGUGCAGGGAUCUCAACCCCCCAGAGAGCUGACGCGGUUACAGGAAAGGCUUAUCAAGAAGCUUGGAAGCAAUGCGCACCCUUUUUAUUUUGAAUUGCCACCCCACUGCCCCGCCUCGGUCACUCUACAACCGGCGCCGGGGGACACCGGAAAGCCCUGCGGUGUCGACUACGAAUUGAAGGCAUUUGUAGGCGAAACGGCAGACGACAAGCCGCACAAACGGAGUUGCGUGAGACUGGCGAUCAGAAAGAUCAUGUACGCGCCGUCGAAACAGGGCGAGCAGCCCUCAGUGGAGGUCAGUAAAGAGUUCAUGAUGUCGCCGAACAAACUUCAUCUGGAGGCUUCCCUCGACAAGGAACUCUACCAUCAUGGCGAGAACAUAGCUGUGAACGUGCACAUAGCAAACAAUAGCAACCGGACUGUGAAAAAGAUAAAAGUGUCGGUUAGGCAAUUCGCAGACAUCUGCCUAUUCUCCACGGCGCAAUACAAAUGCACGGUCGCCGAGGCCGAGAGCGAGGAGGGAUGCCCGGUGGGCCCGGGUUUCACGCUGAGCAAGGUGUUCAUGUUGACACCCCUUCUGGCCGACAACAAAGAUAAAUGGGGGCUCGCCCUCGACGGCCAGCUCAAACACGAGGACACCAAUUUGGCGUCCAGCACCCUUGUAGUCGAUCCGUCUCAGCGUGAAAAUCUCGGCAUAAUUGUUCAGUACAAAGUUAAAGUCAAACUUUGCCUCGGCGCUCUUGGAGGAAUUUUUAAAAUUACGAAUCCUAAGUUUAAGGAUGCAGUUAUGGAUUUAAUACGAAGUGAAUUAGUCGCGGAACUGCCCUUCAUUCUGAUGCACCCCAAGCCUGAAGAAGAGGAACCAAUACCAUCCACAGCUCGACCAAGCCCCACGCACAAAACUGAUGGUGGGGAAGUUCCUCUCGAUACAAACCUUAUUCAAUUAGAUACGGAAGCGGACGGCGACGACGAUAUAAUCUUCGAGGACUUCGCUCGUUUGAGGCUGAAAGGCGAGACAGAAGCUUGACCGUGCUCCGCCAAUUCCUUGAUACAUUUUGAUGCAUUCGAUAACGUGACUCGGACGCCAUUAUGUCGCACGCAAGAUGGAAACUAUACGACGUCGUCAGUAAUGUCUAUGACAGCGAUGUCGCAACAACAAACUUAAAUAACAUUGUUUACUAAGUUUAUUAUUGCGAUAUCACUGCUACUUUUAAGCACAAAAUGUCAUUGAUAACGGUGUUGCACCGUUUCGUGACAGUUUAACGUUUACCGUAAAAAAAAAGCUGAUUGACUAUAUUAAUAGAAAAAAAAUUUUUAAAGAGAAGAAAGAAAUGAUAUAAGAGGAAAGAAAGAAAAAUUUUUAUAAAUCGGAAACGCUGCCGAGAAAAUCAUUCAAGAGUCAUUACUUUUACUGAUUACUAAAGAUGAUGAAAAUUCUAUCGAAAAUUCUUAGGACUCUUCUUGUCUUUUUCUUCUUUUCAUUAUGAAAGAAAACUUUACACAUUAUUUAUCAAACAAUUAUUAACAUAAUUAAGCAAUAAUUAAUUUAAUCAUCAUUUUUCUGUGUUCAUCAUUUACUUGUGAUGAUUUAUUCUUGUGAGAAAAGUGUUGCAAAUUGUAUAAUUAAUACUACGAAAUUCUUCACUAAUAUUGGCAUCAUUUUACGCUUUGGCUGUGAAGACUAAAUUUGAGAAAAAAUUCAAGAAUCUAUAGCCAAUGACGUAUUUAUUUUAAAUCGUAAGAAUGAGAGAAGCUGCUACAAAUGAUAAAAUUUUCCAGUCUUCUCCUUAAAAAAUAUUGCAAUUUAUUUGUCAUUAACUAAUUAUCAUUAACUAAUUAAUUUGUUGAUAUAAUUAUAGAUUACGAGUUAAUUAUCAACAAAUUUGCAGUUAAUUGAUUAAAUUGAUCGCAGUUAAUUGAUUACAAAUUUUGGUCAAUUGUAAUCCGUAUUCCGACUGCACAUUUAAUGCUAAUUUCUUAGACUUCAUAAUUUUAUAUGAAACUUUCCUAUAAAACAAAUGAAACUUAGAAUCAGGCAACACAUUUAAACGUGCGAUGGGAAUAUGACUCUUCAGAUCUACAAGCAAUUGCUUUUAAUGAUCGCGAUUUUUUAAACACGGCCAGUACAUUGUCUUUAAGUUACUUUAGCACAAAAGAUAAGCGUUUGUAAAUUUCAGAUAAUUAAUUUUACUUUAUCAUUACAAUAAAUACGUACAUUAAUGCACAUUGCAAUUAUUGUUUGUACAAAAAAAAGAUGGGACAAUGGUAAACGGUUUUUUUUUUAUAUAAAUUUUGAUAAAUUUAUAUCUAAUUAUAAUUAAUACGAAUAAAAACAAUUAUUCGCAAAAUUGGGAUAAAAAAACAAUUUUUUUUUAAAUUUUUUAAAAAUCUUUUUGGGAUAGGAAAUUACAAUAAUGAAAAAGUAUACCACAAGUCUAUAAUGAUCACGUCUUUAGAAAGCCCAUUUAGAAGUGUUUCAUGCAAUAAUUCAGUCACACACUUGACAAAACGCGAAGAAAUGCACCAGAAAGAAAGAAAAAAGGCGUUUCGAGAUGCAGAUGUCAAUUCGUAGAUGUAUUUAUGAAUAAUUUGUAGGACUUACCGUAACGUUGUAAGAUUUGUAACAUUAAUCCGUUCGCACAUCUCCCUUCCUCCAAUUUUACAAUUAACCCGAUCAAUUAAAUUAAGAUGAGCACUGUCCAAUCGUAAGUAUCGACUUCGAUUAGUAUGCGUUUUUAAGACUGCUCGAAAAUUCGAUUUCCGCGCAUUGCCAUAGAAUGUCGCAUAACGUCUCAACUCACUGUCCUAUUUAAAGUAAAUCGUUUAGCAAUUUGAUAUCAAUUGCCUAAUUAAAUCUCGGAACACACAGAAAACUUUUGCUAUAAAAAUUGAAAAGGACGAGAUUUGUUAUUAAUUUUUAAUUCUAAAGAAAGUCAAGUCAACGAUGAAUAGUCCACGUUGGCAACGAAGAUUAAUUAAUGGCGACAUUAAUUAAAAAGUUAUACGAAUUAUAGAGCCACGACAAAACUAAGCAGCAUUGAAUGCAAUUAUAAGCAACAUUGUAUGCGUGUGUGUAUGUGCGCACCUGUGCGUACGCGCCCACACACACACGGUAAGCAAGCAAGAAAAAAAAAGAAUAUUUUUUAUCACGUUAGCAGUUAUAAAUUGCAUUUAGACAAGAUAAUCAAGCGUGUGGUCCGCAUUUUUUCGUCACGCGCUUAAUGUUAAAUCAGUGGCGAGAAUGCUGCGGUAUUUUCUCAUACCAAAGGCAAUAUUUUUGUUUUCUGAAAAAUAAUGCUUCUCAAAAAAGAUAUUAAUAGAAAAUUGCGAGGGUAAAUUAUAUUCAAAGGAACUUGCAAAUAGAUACAACAUUCGAAUACAUUUGAUUUGCUAUUGAUUUAACAAAUGAUUGAAACAUAUAUUGCAUUUAAAAUUUUUGUGUUGGAUUAUAUUGAUAGAUAGCCUAUAUAUAUAUAUAUACUAAAAAUCUUUAAGUUAAUUAAGUAUAGUUAAUUUUAUUCUAUAUAUCUAAUUUUAUUCUGCAUUCACGUUUAUAAUUACUAAUUUAUUAAAUAUCCAACAGGCAAAUUGCUUUGAAAGUCCCUCCACUUUUUCAACUUGCUCUCGUGAAUAAAAUAGGAACGUACAUGUUCAACGAAUGUAGCUAUUUAAUUAAGGACAAACUUUCGCGAUCAAACGUCGAUUCUUCGAUUGUUGUUUUAAACAUAAACGAUGUGUAUGAGUGUGUAUAUGUGCAGGCUUAUAUAAUGAGAGUAUAUUUUAUAUCCGCCCGCGGACGCGCGCAUAUUUUUUAUAUGAUCGCAAACGAUAGAUCGUUAACGUUUUUAUUAUCAUCCGGAUAGAAUGAGAAUCGCAGAAGAGGAUUAUAUCGCACAAAACUGAGAGGAAUAAUUAAAGUCAAUAAAAGGGUGCCGUCUCUGUAAUUCUAAUGUUCGAGAUUGUUUUUUCGGCGUAAACCGUGUCGCGUGCAGAGUGUCGCACAAAGAUGAGAAUCUUGUUGAUUCAUGACGCAAUUCCAUUCAAUCAUUUUCCGACGGGUUUUUUGAGACACUCUGUAUUCGAGGCAUCACGGUAUCGCCGCGAUAAGGAAGACAAUUACGCUUCUUCAAUACGAUAUACUUUGCAAGCUUACAUGUCUCUCACUUCUUUCGUUUCAUUGCAAAUUUCGUCUUAUUCUUUGUGUGCAACUAAGAAGCCAUUGUGAUUAAGCAUAUCGCGAAGCGCAUAUACUGACAUCAGAAUGGUUGCAUCGUUCGACAUAGAAUGGAAAUAAUUAAUUAAUUGCAUCGCGCAUAAUAGUAAAUAACACAAGUUGGAAGAAGAGAGAAAAUAAGAAAAGAAGAAAAAAAAAAAGAAUCAAAGCAGGAAGGAAAGAUUAUGCGCUCGUCUUGAAAGUGUAUUUGUAAUUAAUGUAAUCGAGUUGAUGUACAAGUGUUGUGGUUCUCACUUACAGCUGUUACACGUGUAAAUCGUAAGAGACGAGAGAGGGCCAUCAUUGCUAACUUGUACAUUGCACUAGGAACCAUUAAUUUAUUAAAACCUUGCAAAUUGCGCAUUGUUAGUUAGCAGCAAAGUUGUGUGUCGUUCAUAAUCGUUCGUUGUUCAUUCGUAAACAAUCCGUUUUGUAUGUAAAAGAGAUUACAAGAGAAUUAAUGAGAGACACAGAGAGAAAAAGGAGGAGGGAGAGAAAGGGAGAGAGAGAGAGAGAGAGAGAGAAAGAGAGAGAGAGUGAAUGAAAGAGCGAGAGAAUGUAAGAGUGUAUCCGUGUAAAGUAAAUAGUAUGAAGUAACUAAUGCAUAAUAUAUUGUAUAUGUAAAAAUUGUGUAUUCUCAUAUUGUAACUAGCUGUAAUAAUUUAAUAAAUGCUCUAUAU